UCAAGACUUAAAAAUUCUCCUAACAAAAUUGUACAUCGUUACUUAUAUAUAAAAUAAUGAUUAUUAAUUUGAGUAUAUUAGUUUUAAGUGGGCGCUAAUUUUUUUUUGUGUUCGCGUACAAUGUUGGGUCUGCGAGACCUAAACGAGUAUUCAACGAUCACUCAACAGCAAAAAAGAUCCGAAAUUUCAAAACUGCGAAAACCUAUUUACAGAUUUCUAUUUUAUUGAAGACAGCUUAAUAUAUAGGUGAUAUUUUUCUGAAAAAAAAUGUGUUAAAAACUGCAGAUUUUCAACAAAGUUAUGGUAGUUGAAAGCUGCCCGGGUCUGACAGAUUCUCUUUGUAUAGUCCUGAAAAAAUGAUUUUGCACUAAGGGUUAAAAUUAAUUUAAGAGCAGAUAGGCGCCACUUCAGCGCUUUCCGAAUUUUGUAAGGAAUUUUGGAUUUUGGCCGCUACAUACAGCGGUAUUGAAGCGCAAAGGGCUAAUGUGCACGUAAUAAAUGCGUGUGAGUGUGUGAAAGCGCUAAGUUCGUUAUUCACGACAGACGCGCCGAAUUUCAGCGCACUCGGCCGAUCGAUCGACGUUGUUUUUAAUCGGCAUUAUGAACCGUUUGGUUACGUCCAGUCGCAACGAAUAUUCCCGUGAUAAAUCACACCGUUAACAGGGAGAAAAGAAAAAAAGCAAGAAGACAAAAAGCAGGAAAAAAAUGGUGCGCCGAUCCGUCCUCGUUUACGACUUGCUUCGCACCGAGCAACCGUCCGACGGCUUUUCCCAGAAGGAGAUCUUGACGCACAUCAGCAGCAAAUAUGACAUCGCGGCCAGCAAAACUUUACAGCGAGACGUGGCCCUCGCCUUGCGUUGCGGUUUAGACUUUGGUAUACUCGCUAAGAAGAGGAACAAAUUCAGGUUUGAUCCCGAGCUUCAUCAAACCGCGAGCUCGAGACGCAAUAUCACGAGGAGGAGCACGAGGACAAAGAAGAGGACGAGGAGCAGCGGGAAAAAGGUAAGCGGUGGAUCGACCGCGACUAAAGGACGACGGCAACGACGACGGCGGCCUUCGACCCGCGGCAAGGCUCGCAAACAAUCGGUUUCGGUACCGCGGCCUAAAUUGCCCAAACCGCCUUCAUGGUCGCCGAAGAGGCGAUAUCUUAGCGAGGAGCCCAUACCGAAAGUCAUUAAACAUUCUUAAAUUAGGAUGAUACUAUUUUUAUAAUUCUUUCUCGGCAUUUUCUUACGAUAGUUUUACUUGCUACGCCGUGUAUACGUUUGAGAUUACGUUUACGUCUAUUAUAAAAAAACGCUUAAUAACAAAAAGAAAUAAAAUACGUACGUGAAAAUUAUUCAGCUCUUCGGUCUGUUCUCUUUCUUUCUCUCU